AUGUUUGUCUACGAAGGCAGGCUAGAAUGGAGCAAGUACGCUCAGAAUGAGACCGCAAUCAUUAUUUUGCCUUCCGGCCCAAUUCGUGCCGGAGACAUAGCUUGGAUCUUGUUUCAAUGGACAGUCGAUUCAAAGGGGAACAAGAAGGCCCUUCAAAGUCAAAGAAUUCCCAUCAGCCAGGUGAUCAGAGCCGCCAAUGGCGAUGACAGCUUCUCCUCCAAGCCUGGCUGGUAUACCUGGAAAAUGACUUCUUCUGACAACUAUGAAAGGCUCAACCUUGCCAUGUCCAACGAUGCUGGUGGUAUCAGUGAGAUGGAAUUCAAGCGCAUUUGGAAAGCCGAGGGCGAGUGGUCAAGGGAGUGCGGCCGGAUUUGGCUCGGUAAGAUUAACUGGUCCACGUUUGCAAGUGAUGAGUUUUGCCUCUUCAUUGUUCCUGAGGGAUUUGGUGAAGGAAGACCAAUUCUUUCAAUGUGGCAGUGGACCCAAGAUAGCCAGGGCAAGGAGAAGGCACCAAGUUUCCGGGCCGAGCAACAGAAGAUUCUGUCUCCUCUUGACGACAACGGUGUUAAGUUUUCUUAUCACUCGUACUACGACAUUACCUGUACUUGGAACAAGAAAACUGACACCCUCGCCGUUCAUAUGAAGGGACAGGAAGCCGAUCAAGAUCUAGGCGAUUUUAAACUCUUAGCAGUUACCAACCCUCACCAUCAUGAUUGGGACCCUCCGCUCUCACCCCCUCAAAACGCCACACUGGAAGUCCGCCUACCCCAGCAUGAGCCUACACUCCCUCGCGUCCUGGGGCCUCUCCCUUUCCCCACCGGACUCAUCGAGAACUUGAGGUAUGCGAUUGCCUAUGCCGAUCAAGCUGGGUAUUGUGCCAAAUACGCCCAUGAGCGAUUCUCGAAACUCGACGCUGAGUUUCAUCUUCGAGGCGAGGUAAUCAAUGAACGCAACGCUGCAAUUGCUCAAUUCAGGAAAGAGGUGAAGGAACUUGGCGACAAUUUUACUGUUGAGAAAGCCAAGGUUACCGACUUGACCACCAGACUUGCCAAAGCACAAGCCGCUUUUGACGCCGAGCUGAAGAAGAGAGACGACGAGAUCAAGAAGGAACAGGGUCAUGAUGCCGAAGACCACAAAACUAUCGAUCGCUUGGUCUCUCAACUCGAACAAGAACGUUUGUCCAAGGCUGGAUUGCAGAAGGACCUCGACCAGACCAAGACAUCCCUGACAGAAGCGGAGGCUCGUCUGGCCGCUGACGGAGUGAAUAUUGCAGCUCUCACCACCCGCAUUACCGCUCUGGAAGCCGACCUCGAGGUGGAGAAAAAGGUUACCGAGAAGCUCCAGAAUGAUAUUAAGGAAAAGACAGAUAGAAUCAUCCAGCUGGAGAAGAGCAACGCUGAUGCACAGUCCAAGCUCAACCAAGCCCUCCAGGAUGCGAAGACGAAGCAAGACCAGAUUAACCAGAAGGAUGCAACUAUUCGUGAUCAGACCACACGCAUUGACAACCUUAGCAGAGAGUCGAAUGCAAAGACGCUUACGAUCAACAAUUUGCAGCAGCAGAUCAGUAACCUUCAGGAGCAGAUCCGAAAACAGCAGCAACAACCCACGUACCGGUUCAGCGGUAAAAUAAGAUCCGUGCUCGGCAAUAACGUCAUGGUUGACUACACCCUUGGCUCGGAUGUGAAAGCUUACGAGUAUAUGAGUGCCAGAGAGCAUGAAAUUCAUCAAAUCUGGGAGUUCUUCACUGUUUCUGGCCGCAAUGACGUCGUAGUCAUCAGGAAUACUGAGCACAAGCAUCUCCUCUGGUCCGCUGGGUCUGGACAACGAGUUCGCUGCGACGGAAGCCAUGGAUUAUUGGAUCCCGCAGCGCAGUGGCAGAUCUUGGGUGCGACUGUGGAUUCUUUGAACCGCAAUACACAAGUCCAAAUUCGAAAUAUGAAGGACAAUUCGGCUCUUGACUUGUCUGGGGCGAACACAGCCAACUUCACUCCUAUCCUCACGUGGGGACAGCAUAGUGGAAGUAACCAGAAGUUUAAUAUCUGGAAGUGUUAA